AUGGAAGACAGUACCAGAGACACAGAAAAGGCAGAGAAAAAGAAAAAGGAUCAAGAAGAUCCCGUUGAUGCCAUAGCACCUGCAAUUAACAUCCAAGAUGAGCAGUUUGCUGGUUUAUCUACAACUCCAGCUUUCAAUUGUCUGCAUGAGUUACAUGCUAUGGGAAAACUUGCUGGAACCAGACUGGCAGAAUUAAAAGCCAAGUACACCUCACUGCAUGAUACUGUUGUAAGCACACAGGAAUCGGAGGUCCAGCUGCUCCAGAGUGCCAAACGUUUCACUGAGCAGAUACAACAGCAGCAGUACCACCUGCAGCAAGCUGACAACUUUCCAGAGGUGUUCUCCACCGAGGUCUCCAAAAUGAGAGAGCAGCUUCUCAAGUAUCAAAAUGAAUACAAUGCAGUGAAGGAAAGAGAGUCCCAUAAUCAGUACAGGAUGAAUAGCUUACAGGAAGAAAAAAGUCUCAUAAUAAAGGAAUUUGAGAAGAUCCCUAAGCCAGGAGAAAUGGAGAAGAAGAUGAGACUAUUGAGAGAAAGCACUGAAGAAAUACGUAAAGAAAUAAUGCAGAAGAAGUUAGAAAUUAAAAAUUUACGGGAAGAUUUAACAUCUAAGCAGAAGCAAUUAGUAAAGGAGCAGAAGGAACUAGAAGAAUUGUUGGAAUAUCAGGUCAACCUAAAGGAUGAAGUGGUCCACCAUCAAGCCAUCCCUGUACAAAUUGGAAAAGAGAUAGAAAAAACAACACGCAAAAAAGUAGAAAUGGAAAAGAAAAAAAUUAUCUUGGAACAUGAACUCAAAGAACUAAAUGACUCCCUAAAGAAAGUUGAAACCAAAGUUAAUGCCAUAAUGGAAGAGAAGGAGGAUAUAAUAAAGGAAGUUGAAGGCAAACGAGCCUUACUUGAAAUCAAAGAACGAGAAUAUAACCAAUUGGCCAAGCUAUUGGAAUUAACCAGAGAGAAUGAAGCAACUUUACUAACUGAAAGAGGGAUUUUGGAUCUCAGUUUACGAAACUGUCUCAUUGACAAACAGAACUACCAUGAUGAACUUUCUCGAAAGCAAAGAGAGAAAGAACGAGAUUUUCGAAAUUUGAAAAAAAUGGAGCUACUCUUGAAAGUGUCCUGGGAUGCCCUCACUCAAACUCAAGCACUGCAUCAAAGGUUUCUGUUAGAGAUUGAAGCCAUCCCUAAAGAUGAUACUACAUUAUCUGAGAGGAGGAGAGAACUCCACAAGGAAGUUGAAGUAGCUAAAAGGAAUUUGACCCAACAGAAAAUCUUAUCAGAAGCUGAGUCUAAGUUAGUAGAACAGCAACUUGCAGAAGAAAACACACUUUUAAAGGAGCAAGAACGAAUGCGAGAUCUGAUAUUCAGCCUUGUCCGUAUGACUCAAAUCAAAAUUGAUGAGAAGGAGCAAAAAUCCAAGGAUUUCCUGAAAGCUCAGCAAAAAUAUAACAGUAUUGUGAAGGAGAUCAAAGCAAAGGAUAUUGAAAUCAAGAUACACAAGAAGAAAAAGCGUGAAAUUCAUCGAAGACUUGGAGAGUUUGCUAACCUUUAUGACACUAUUCGAAAUGAAAGAAACAAAUUUGUUAACUUACUUCACAAAGCUUACCAGCAAGUAAAUGAAAUAAAAGAAAGGUAUAAAAUGUCAUUAAAUGAACUGGAAAUUUUAAGAAAUAGUGCAGUUUCUCAAGAAAGAAAACUACAAAAUUCCAUGCUGAAACACGCCAACAAUGUUACCAUCAGAGAAAGCAUGCAAAAUGAUGUAUACAAAAUUGUAGCAAAACUUCAGGAAAUGAAAGAGAAGAAGGAAGUCCAGUUAAAUAACAUUGACAGGCUUGCCCAUAUGAUCACAAUGAUUGAAGAAGAGAUGGUGCAGCUUCGCAAAAAAUAUGAGCGAGCUGUUCAGUGUCGAAAUGAAAGUGGCGUUCAGCUGAUAGAGCGGGAAGAAGAAGUGUGCAUUUUUUAUGAAAAAAUUAAUAUCCAAGAGAAGAUGAAACUAAAUGCAGAAAUUGAAAUACAUGUCUUGGAUGAAAACAUCCGAUUCCUGAAACUGAAGAUUGCUGAGAAGCAAAGACAGAUUCAUGUGACCCAGAAAUUACUGCCAGCCAAGAGAUCCCUGGAUGCCGACCUAGCAGUGCUCCAGAUUCAGUUUUCACAGUGUACAGACAGAAUAAAAGACCUGGAGAAACAGUUUAUAAAUCCUGAGGGUAAGAACAGAACCCGCUUCCUUCCAGGGAAAGAUAUGACUAAAGAAGAAAUGGUCAAAAAAUUAGAUUGGCUGGAACUACAGCUGGCCAAGAAGGAGGAGCAGUUAUUGGAAAAGGAUUUCAUCUAUGAACAGGUCUCCCGGCUCACAGAAAGGAUCUGCAGCAAAACUCAGGCCAACAAGGAGGACACACUGCUCUUGGCCAAGAAGAUGAACGGCUACCAGAAAAAGAUCAAAGAUACUACAGAAAAAAUGAUGGCUCUUGUUGCUGAGCUAUCCAUGAAACAAGCUCUGGCCAUUGAACUCCAAAAGGAAGUCAAGGAAAAAGAAGACUUCAUCUUCUCUUGCAGUACCAGGAUAGAAAAGGGUCUGCCACUCAAUAAAGAGAUUGAGAAAGAAUGGUUGAAGGUACUGCGAGAUGAAGAAAUGUAUGCUGUGGCCAUCGCCAAAAAGUCUCAGGAGUUCUUGGAAGCAGAUAAUCGCCAGCUGCCCAAUGGUGUUCUCACGACUGCAGAGCUGCGUCCAAAUGCCUACAUCCCAGAGGCAGAAGCCACUCUUCCUUUGCCAAAACCAUAUGGUGCUUUGGCUCCUUUUAAGCCCAGUGAGCCUGGGGCCAACAUGAGGCACAUAAGGAAGCCUGUUAUAAAGCCAAUUGAAAUCUGA